AUGAAGGUCCUAUUGGUCUUCUGCCUGACGGCAACAGCCUUAGCUUCCACAUUACCAGAUAAGCCUAUAUUACAAGACACCACAGAGCCUUUAAUUCUAACCCCCUAUUUGGAAGCAAAUAAAACCCAGGAGGCACGUGAAGCCGCUCAAGUAAACAUAGAAGCUUUCAAAAAUGUUUCCAGCUAUUCUGGUUUUUUGACUGUCGACAAGAAGAAUAAUAGCAAUUUAUUUUUCUGGUUCUUCAAAUCCGAAAGUAACUACGAAGAAGAUCCUGUCGUAGUUUGGUUGCAAGGUGGCCCUGGAACUAGCAGUUUGUAUGGGCUUUUUGUUGAAAAUGGUCCCUUUGGAGUAGUAAAUGGAACAGUGGAGUCGCGUGAUUUCUCCUGGCACAAGAACCAUUCAGUUCUGUACAUAGACAGUCCUGUUGGAAGUGGAUUUAGUUUCACUGAUGGUGAUGAUUACGUAACAAAUCAGACACAAGUAGGAGAUCAUCUUUAUAAAUUCCUAACUCAAUUCUUUACAAUGUUUCCAGAAAUUCAAAAGAACGAGUUUUAUGUGUCAGGAGAAUCUUAUGCGGGUAAAUUCGUGCCUGCAAUUGCGUACACCAUACAUAAAAAUAAUCCAACAGCAAGUGUAAAAAUUAAUUUAAAAGGCCUUUUAAUUGGUAAUGGCCUCAGUGAUCCAAAGCAUCAAUUCAAGUAUGGAGCUUUACUUUACCAGUUAGGUUUUAUUGAUAGAAAUGCAGCUGAUGUUUAUAAAAAAUAUGAAAAUUUAAUUGUUCAAAGUAUAGAUUUGGGAUUUUAUGACUAUGCAGCUUAUGGCUGGAACCAACUUAUUGGAUCACUAUUUGUCGAAUACACUGGAUUGCCUAAUAUUUUCAAUUUUGUUUCGGAUGCGGAUGACAACCCCACAGAAUGGCAAGAUUUCAUUGAAACGGCUGAGAUUAGAAAAGCCCUCCAUGUAGGGAAUCUGACGUUCUUUUUUACAAGUUACGCAGUUUAUAGCCGUCUCUCGAACGAUAUCGCACAAAGUGUAGCUCCUUGGGUUAGUGAACUUUUAAGCCACUACAGAAUUCUAAUAUAUAACGGCCAACUGGACAUUAUGGUCUCCUAUUCCUCAACGGUAAACUAUCUUCAAAAUUUGAACUUUAGUUCAAGUGCCGAAUACGCGAAGGCUGAGAGGGACGUUUGGUAUGUAGGUAAUAGCACAGUAGCUGGAUAUGUGAAAAAUGUUGGAAAUCUGACAGAGGUUUUGGUUAGAAACGCUGGCCAUACGGCAAUCCAAGACCAACCAGAAGCUACGUACGAUUUGGUUUAUAAAUUUAUUAGAGGACAGACAAUAGGUGGAAAAUAA